UGAAAGACAAACUGUUUUAGCUCAGCGAAGACUUGCGUUGAAAGAACCGAUGAAGAAAAUAUCUACCAAUUAACAUUCGUGUGGUGUAAAACAAAUGGUUAGAUUUUCAUUUUGCCGAUCGCUUGUUUUCUCUUAUUUACAAAACAGUGACGUUCUAUUUCCUGGCUUUUUAUAAACAUAGCAACUCGUGUUUUUGAGAAAGUCUGUCAAACGCAGCUUUUACAAAUCAUCGCAACGUGAAAAGGAGGUGAUGGAGAACAAUUCAAAAGUGUUGGUACAUAGAAGUUUAAAUUAGUGGUUCUACAAUGACCAUCGCAAGCAGAAAGUACCAACGGACAAAUUUUGCAACUACCGCAUCGAAUACCCUCCAGGGGUCUUACGGUGGGAGUGCCACUAACAAUGAUACAAACAAUGGACCAACCGGCAGUGGCGGUACUGGCGAGGACGAUGCCGAUUCCCUUUACGCACCGUUUCCGAAACAUGUGCCCUAUCCGAACGUGGACCACAGUUCCGAGCUGCUGCAUGAAUUCGUCAUUUUCUUCUCCACAAUCAUAGCGACCAUGACUCAGUUUAUGCAUCUGUACCGAACUGUUUGGUGGCUUCCAAAUUCCUACAACAGAAAGUCCAUGAAUUUCUAUUUGAUCGACAGUGAUCUGGCUAUUUUCAUAGACAUAAUGGUCAGUAGACGGCUGAUGUACUGUUUAAUACUGAAAUUCAUCGACGCCAACUGUCCCGAGCUAUACGUGGGCAUUAGCAAAAAGGUUGCCAAGUACACCUUUUUGACUUUCCUGGUGAUUUCCUCUGUUUUUUACGGGACACAAAUUUACCAAAAAACCAGUUAUUUUCAUCUGCUGGUGCUCUGUUACCCGUUGGUGCUGUACCUUGUGAUAUUUGGAGUCAACUUGGAGCAAUUUCUUCGCACAAUCGUCGACACGGAGCCGAACUGUAUCAACGGUAUGCCGCUGCACAGCUGCUCUUCGAAUGCGGCAUCUAUUCGGACGGAAAUAGAAGCCUUGAAAGCGGAUUUGAAUAAUCGCUUCAAGCAGGCCAUCUUCACGUCACUGCUGAAUGCAUACUACGCUGGACUGGUGCCGUGCGUGUUGGCAUCGAAGCAUUUGUACUACAACAAAUUUUGGACAACGCAGCAUCUCGUGUGCGUGUUUAUCGGAGGAUUUACCAUGUGCAUAACGUACUGCUUUCCGAUGCGAUACUGUGACGUUUUCCAUCGCGCUGCCCUGCACCUUGGCCAGUGGAAUCGAGUGAACAGCCGAGCGACCAGUUUUGCCACAGUAACUUGGUCGAAAACGGGCAUAUUCCCGUACGGAACUUACGUGCGUCAUCUUGGAGAAGUGUACCGAGCGGUUGGUAGUUGUACUUCAGCCAUACCGGCCAACAACAGCCAUUAUAGAUUUUACGCAAUAUUCCGCAAUCCCAUAAUCAUAUACUUAGUGCUGUUUGUAGUGCAAAUGUUCAUGAUUGUCGUACAGUUGGCUAUGCUUGUCAUGUCCCGAGAAUGGCAAAAUGGUCUAUCAAUAGGCUUCGUGCUGCUGACAAACCUCUUCACAUUGUUCCGGAUUGCUCGGGAUUAUUUCAUCGCUCGCAGGGUGUACGCUAGCGAGAUGAUAUCACACUCAAAGCUAAAAGCACACUAGUGUUUUGUAUUGCGAAACUCAGUACUUGAGAAACUAAGUUUUAUAUUUAAAGAUUCAAAUAUAAUCUAAAGCAAACUACUACCAACAAUGUGUUGCA